GUUGAAGUAAGCAAAGAAGGAGACAGAGACGACCCCAUCAUCUCCAGAUCUCACAUCUUCUAUCUUUGGCCAUUCUUGUCUUCCACUUUUGGCCUCUCCUCUGAUGGGAUCCGCAGCCGAAAUCACUGAGCCCACCACUGGGUCCGAGAAGCUCCACAAGCCUGUAGAAUUUGAAGAAGAGGACGAGGAGCAAGUUGUUGAGCUGGAAAGGAAAACGUCGUCGUUUCCUCACGGGAAGAGACCAGACAGUGCUGACGGUAGUACCAUCACCACCAACAACAGCUCCUCUUCCAGCUUUUGCGGUGAUAAUGGUACGGAAGUGAUCCCUGAUUUCCGGAACGGAGAUGGAGAGCGGAUCGGAAUUGAGAACUUGGAGGUCCCGGAGUCGCCGGAGAAAGAGACGGUGAUCGAGUUUCACGAGGAGCACCACGAGGGCAACGUCUUCUUUGACGAGGAACAAGGCUCUGAGUCAGCUGAUGCAGAAACUGAUGCUCAUGAGUCUCAAACUGCCGACAACUUAAACGCGGAGAAAAAGGAGCAAGUAGUUGAAAACGGGUCAACUUCUGAGGAUAACAAAGGAUUAUCACGUGAAAUUGAAGAAGUACAUGAGGUUGAGUUCCCGAAAGAGGUGGAUGCUGUUGUUGAUCAACGGGAUGGUGAGUUGAUAGAAGAGGAGGUGGACAUUGAAGGUGUUGAAGAUUACAAUGUGGAGAAAGUGCUGGAUAACCAAGAAACACAUGAUUUGUUCUGUCCAAACUGUAAUUCUUGCAUCACCAAAAGAGUUAUCCUCAAGAAAAGAAAACGAAAGAUCAGUCAUGGGCCUGAAGAUCCAAAGCGCGUGAAAGGACCUGACCCUAUUGUCCCUAUUCGUUCGGAGGACAAUGAACCAUCUCCAGUUGGUAGUGACAACGUUAUACACGAAUCCUUUUUCUACAAGUGCUUGUCUUGCCUCAGCAUAUUCAUACCCAAAGGGGUGGAUUCAAAGCCGGUUGCCCCCAUGGAAAAACAAACUGCUGGGGUGGAUUCAAAGCCGGUUGCUCCCAUGGGAAAUCAAACUGCUGGGGUGGAUUCAAAGCCGGUUGCUCCUAUGGGAAAUCAAACUGCUGGGGUGGAUUCAAAGCCGGUUGCUCCCGGUGAAAGUGUUGCCGAGAGGUUAAACACUCAGCCAAAGCCUCAAGAGAAAGCUACUGACCAUUCCAACUGGUUUGGUUCAGUGUUUGGAUUUAAGAAUAAAGAACCAUCUGUUCACUUUCAGCAAGGUGGAGCAAUGCCUAGUAUGCCGGAAGCUAGUCUGCCACGUGAUAACCCAAGCGUUUUAGGAAAAGAAUCAGGUUCUACUGCAAAUAUCCCAUCAAAAGGGCCAGCGCUUGUUCAGGAAGGUGCAGUAACUCCGAUUCAAGGUGUGUCAGAGAUCAGUGUCUCUGAAGCCAAUAAGCCUCUUGACACCCCUCUGAUUCAAGUUGCAAACUCAAAUGAUACAGGCAAAGGUGUCAACAGUGGAGCUACUGUUGAAAACGGAAAACAUGUUCAGGUUCCUUCAUCGGAUGAGGAGCAAACACAUCUAAAGAUCAACGGGGAUGAUGCUAGCGCAGCAGAGGAAAAUUACUCGUCAGACACAGGACGUCUCUCCCCGAUUCAACCAUCUCAUGACAUGAACAUAUCAAGCAUAGUGACUAGUGGACCUGAUGGAGUAAGAGUAGAAACUAUUAUUCACACAGACGGUGUAUCUCAUAUGUUCGAAGGAACAGACCCUAGAAAGCCAGAUUUUGGUCUGGCCAAAGUAACAGGUGUGAUGGACUCAGCUAACGGAGGAGCAAGUCAUGGAAUUGAUAUUCCACCACUUCCAGUGAGUUCGCUGGAAGAAGGAACUCUAACUGAACCGUUAGUGAGACCAGUUGCUACAGUACCAGUAGUUGAAGGACGUAAGCUAGAGAUCUUGAAAAGCAUUGUAUACGGAGGUCUGAUAGAAGCCAUCACAAGCCUCGGCGUUAUCUCAUCUGCCGCUGGUUCUGGUGCUUCAACAUUGAACAUUUUGGUAUUGGGGCUUGCAAACCUGUUUGGCGGGCUUAUUCUCAUUAUUCAUAACCUCCAAGAACUUAGAGAGGAUGAACCCAUAAGAACAAUAACAACAACAACAACAGAGGAUAACCAAACUAACGUUCAAGAAGAAGAUAGGUACAAGAGACUCCUAGGAAGAAGAGAAAACUUCACGCUUCACGUAACAGUCGCAAUACUUUCCUUCAUAAUCGCCGGACUACUCCCUCCUAUAGUCUACUACUUCUCAUUCAGCAAAACACACAACAGAGACUACAAAGUAGCAUCAGUCUUCGGAGCAUCUCUGAUUUGCAUCGUCUUGCUGGCUAUAGCCAAAGCUAGGGUGAGGAGCCCGAGAGGAAGCUACCUGAAGAGUGUUCUGAAAUACGCGAUGAUUGCUGUGUCGGUGUCAGGGAUAUCUUACGUGGUUGGUAACUUUUUGGAUCAGUUGCUGGAGAAGUACGGAUGGUCUGAUGGAUCUGAAACUCCAGCUAGUGAGAUGAUGCUUGCACUUAUGGGGAGAAAGGCUGGUAGCUUUGGAUACUCAUCAUCAUACUGAAACUGAAUCUUUGUCAAACUCAUGCUACUUUGAUCUUUCAAGCUGUGCUUUGAGAGCUCUCGUUAGACUUUUUUUUGUUUCCUUUUUAAACAAAACCUUUGUUGUGACUUGUGAGUGUAGAAGUCGUUUCCAAGUGUACGAAAGCACAAAUAAAACAGUUUGCCAUUUUCUAUUCAG